AUGGGAGAUGUCUAUUCUCUGGACAAGGCCAUAAAGAGCAAAAAGAGCAGGGGAGUUUCCCAGGAUGUGAUUGAGGAGGCGGAGAGGAUUGAGGAGCAGAACUAUGAAAGGGCUAAGGGAGUCAGGAUGCAGCUUGACGAGUCUGCCCUCAAGCAGAAAGCAACGACCGAGGAGCUUAUGAGGCAAGGAGAGACUUUGGAGAAUGCAAGGAAGGCGGCGAUUGGGAUAAACGCAAAUGCCAGGAGAGGAUCUGAUAUUACGGAGGAUAUUGAGAGGGAAGGAAGGGUGUUCAGCUGCGAGCUUCCGUGUGUGCGUGCGAUAAAGAGAUGGUUCCGAGGAAAUAGGGGGAACAUUGAUGACAUUGUGAACAAGAAGCAGGGGGAGGAGGUGGAAGAAGGGGAAUAUGUUCCUCAGCACGUAGAGUUUGAAGAAGAGGGCGAAGAAUACAUCAAGGGGCAGAACAAGACUGAUCGGGAGAUGGUGGGGGUGCUGAACACUGUGAGGCAGAUAAGGGCAGAGGCGGACAAGCAGAAUAAGGAGGCAGUACGGCACAAAAGCAUUGUGAACGACAUAUCGAUGAUUAAUGAAAGAUCCUCCAAGGUGAUCAAGGAAACAGACCAGGAGCUGAAGAAAGUGGAAUGA